AUGCUCAACUUCAUGUUAUGGCUAGCAGCAAUGGGCUAUAUCCCCAUUGCCUCAGCGUCACCGCUAAGCGCAUCUAUCCCCCCAGCACCACCAACAGAAACCCAUCCAAACUCUCAACCACAUACUCCCUUCACAGGAACUCCCACAACAACCGGAGCUCUAACAGAAUCAUCAAUCGGUACCGGAAUAGCCGAAGCAUCCAGCAUUUCCCCAGCUGAAACAACCUACGCAAGCAACGGAAAACUCCAAAACGCCGAACCAGCCCCCUACGUCCCAGCAGGAGGCGUAGGCACCAGUGGCUCAAUCCCAGUAUACAACGCAAAGAGCGAUUUCGACUAUGAGUCCCUAGCCCUAGCCCUCUACCAAGAAUGGAUCGAACUCGAUCUAUUCCAAGACGGACUCCGUCGUUUCUCCAUCAAGGACUUCGAAGAAGCAGGUCUCAACAGCGCCGAUCUCGAUCUAAUCUCCUUCAUGGCCCAACAAGAAGUCGGACACGCAACACUAAUCAGCAACAUACUCGGCUCUUCAGCCCCAAAGCAAUGCCAAUACAACUACCCCUACACAAAUGUCCAAGAAUAUCUAGACUUCUGCCAGAAACUGACUCGAUUCGGAGAAUCAGGCGUCUAUGGAUUCCUGGCACAUCUCGACUCCCGAGAAGCCGCAACGCUUCUAACACAAUCGAUCACUACAGAGGCGCGACAACAAAUGAUCUUCCGGCAGUUUGAAGGACUCUUCCCCAUGCCAGUGUGGUUUGAGGUUGGAAUUCCCCAAUCCUGGGCCUGGACACUUCUAGCACCAUAUAUUGCUUCGUGUCCUGCGAACCAGACGCGACUUGUCUGGGAGAACUUCCCAGCGCUACGGAUUUUGAAUCAGCCUACGUUGUCUGAUGCGGGCAAGCGGAACAACGGGACAGUAUUCAACAAUACUCUGGAUGCUGGAUUGAAUGUUGCCAGGGCUUCUAGUAAGGAGAACCCGAAUUCGAAGAAUGAUAUUUCCGCCGGAGCUAGCGUUACGCCGGACAGGUAUUCGCCUCUUUCAUUCCCUGGGAGACGAGUCGAUUUACAGUGGGAGGAGCCGGGGCGACCUGUUGGUCCUAAUGAUAGUUACGUUACGACGAGUCAGGCCGGUGAGGCGAAAUACGUUGCUUGGGCUUCACAGUUGAAUAUUACGUAUACGCCUCUGCUUGGUGUUGAUGGUCAUCGUGGGUAUACUAUACAGCCUGAUAUGGAGACUUAUGAGGGGGAUCCUGCUGUUAAUGGUACCAUGUUCAUUGCUAUUACUGACUCUGAUUUAUUCCUUACUCCGUUCAAUCUGAGUAUGAUCAACACCCAUGUCGUCGCUGGGCCUGCGCUCUACCAGGCUGAUUAA